ACGAUGACAUCAUGGUUGGGAAAGCGGGUGAGCUCAUCGUUUCGGUCCGAGCCAGCAGUCGGGACACGGAGGAGUCCGCGGACGGAGGUGUGCAGCCCAGCUCCGGACACACCAGCAGCAUCCGUCUGAACCAGCAGCGAUGGUUUGGUCCCGGGGGAGCGAGGCGGAGCGGCCCCCGCUGUCCGCCGUCCUGCCGCGGCUCUACCUGGGAGCGGAGGGCGACGUGGUGCAGGAACGACUGGCCUCUCUGGGCAUCUCCUAUGUGCUGAGCGUGAGCCGCUGCAGCCCCCAGCCCCCCUUCCUGCCCCAGUCCCGGUAUCUGCGCAUCCCCAUCGACGACUCCCUGCGGGACGACCUGCUGCCCUGGAUCCCUCAGGCCCUGCGCUUCAUCGACGCAGCCAUGUCCUCAGGUGCAUCCGUGUUGGUACAUUGUGCAGCAGGAGUCUCCCGCUCCCCUGCCCUGGCUGUAGCCUACAUCAUGUACAGCCUGGGGAUGGACCUGGAUCGCGCCUACAGGUUUGUGAAAGAGCGCCGGCCCUCCAUUUCUCCAAACUUCAACUUCCUGGGUCAGCUGCAGCUCUUCCAGGGCACUCUGAGCCAGACGGCCUCUGGUGGUGGUGGUGACCUCCUCCUGCAGCAGCUGGACAGUUGCCUGCCAUCCAUCAUCGAUAGUGUUAGACACCAUCACGCCAGUCAGAAGGUGAACUGUGAGGCUGAGAGUGCCGGCCACACAGACGGCACACAGCAGAGUCACACACAUUCAGAUGGAAAUGGAAACCAGCAGCGGUCCCGGUCGGGGAAACGUCUGACUCUUCAUCUAACUCUUAAUCAGAACCAGCAGGAAGUCCGUACAUCACGCGAGGCUCUAGCUCCAAGCCCCCACAGGCAGGUCAAACCAGUACCAAAGCCUAUGCAACUACAACUGCCAUCAGACUCUGCUUCUCUAUUAGAGAAACGCAAAAGUCUCACCCUCUCUCUGACCCCGUUGGAAAGCAGCUCUCCCGCCACAGAAAGCGGCAGCCAGCGAGCACGGGGCGCCACCUCCUCCAAAACUGUGCACGACGGAGAGACAGGGGGGAGGAAGGAGGCAAAGACACAGAGGAGCCCCGUCUCCUACAAACAGGCCGAGGUGCAUGAACAGGGCCCGCUGUCGCCGUUCAGCCUCACCCUCAACAAGCUGCUGGGCUGGGGGGAGAGGGUCCUGCUGGGAGGGGUCUCUGUCCACCCUGCGCUGCCAUACAGGGGCUGAAGAUGCCGGGUGUGGGGUUGUUUGUGUCUGUGCAUGGUAGUCGAAAGGAACAACACUGCAUAUGUAAUGUACAGGAAGUCUGUAAAAAGUGAACUCUUCUAUUUACCACUUUAUUUAUUUAUUUAUUACAGAGCUGAAAAUGUAAACCUCACCUUAACAUCAAACCUCCACAUAUGCACCAGGUGUAUUACUACCGACACUGAUCAGCAAUUCUUCUUAUUUGUAAGAUGCAAUUAUUUUGAAAGACCUGUGUUCACUGAUGAUUUAAUAAGUGACAUUUCAACUGUGUCUUAUUCUACAUGCAUCACAAUUUCCUCAGUUCACACCUGUUUUUUUCCCAGUAUUUGGUGAUCACUGUUAAUAUUUUGGUGGUGCUCACAAAUAAAUUGGUGUUUGUGAAACAUUGA